CUGAAGGAGCUCUUAAUAAACAAAUCUGGGACAAAUUAUGUGACAAAAUAAAUAAUGAUAACAAAGUAUUGAAUCCCAUAGAAUAAAAUAAAUAUCUAUAAGCCUAUACUGAUACAACUAAAUAAUUAAAAGAGUAAAUAAAUAAAUGGAGAACGGACAGCUCUUACUUACUUGCUUGCAGUAGAACUUCAAUUAAUAAAUGUUGAAGGAAUGGUCAACAUACAAAAUCACCCACAGGCAAACACCGCAGUCACCAUUGUUACAAGCCAGAAUCAUCAUCAGUGGAUGCUAAAAUUAGCGUUAAAAAUGAUAUGAAAUUAUGAUGAGACUAUGUUUGCACAGUCUCAAAAAAUCUCCCCAAAUGGUACUUUUUAAUUACAAAGAGCUAAAUACUAACUUUACGUGGAGAAAUCUGGCAGACACCACCGGAACCCGUUGAUCAGAGUUAACGUCACAGCAUCAGAGUAGGUGCCUCGCGAAUCCCUCGAUCCGAUGCGCUGAGACCGGCAGAACAUCACUCCUACGGCGUUCUUGGCAGAAAUGCAUAACCUCACUCUACUUGUGAGAAACGAUAAGAAAAACCAAAAUUGAGGGAUAUUCUACAAAAUGGCAGUCCAGGACUCUUCUAAAAUGUCCAGAUUUUGAAAGACAAAGUAAAAAUGAGGAUCUAUCAAUGAUGAAAGACUAGGGAAACAUAACAACUAAAUGCAAUGAGGGACCCUGGAUUGGAUCGGGGAUCAGAAAAGGACAUGAGUGGGAAAACUGGUGAAACGCAAAAAAGGCAUGCAGAUUAGUUAAUGAUAAGGUGACACCCUGGCCAUGGCCUCAGAGAUCCACAUGCCAGGCCCAGUGUGCCUCAUUGAGAACACUAACGGGGGACUGGUGGUUAAUCAGGAGGCUCUGAAGAUCCUGUCUGCCAUUACGCAGCCUGUGGUGGUGGUGGCUAUCGUGGGCCUCUACCGCACAGGCAAAUCCUUCCUGAUGAACAAGCUGGCCGGGAAGAGAAAGGGCUUCUCUCUGGGCUCCACGGUGCAGUCUCACACGAAGGGGAUCUGGAUGUGGUGUGUGCCUCAUCCCCAAAAGCCAAACCACUCUCUAGUUCUGCUGGACACCGAGGGGCUCGGGGAUGUAGAGAAGGGAGACAACCAGAAUGACUCCUGGAUCUUUGCCCUGGCAGUCCUCCUGAGCAGCACCUUUGUGUACAACAGCAUGGGAACCAUCAACCAGCAGGCCAUGGACCAACUGCACUACGUGACAGAGCUGACAGAGCGAAUCAGGGCAAAAUCCUCACCCAGUAACAGUGAGCUUGAAGACUCAGCUGACUUCGUGAGCUUCUUUCCAACCUUUGUGUGGACUCUGAGAGAUUUCUCCCUGGAGCUAGAAGCCAAUGGAGAACCCAUCACUGCUGACGAGUACCUGGAGCUGUCACUGAAGCUAAAGAAAGGUACUGAUGAAAAAAGCAAAAGCUUUAAUGAACCUCGGUUGUGCAUCCGAAAGUUCUUCCCAAAGAAGAAGUGCUUCAUCUUUGACCGUCCCGCUCCCAGGAAGUACCUUGUCCAACUGGAGAAGCUACAGGAGGAAGAUCUGGACCCUGAAUUCAGAGAACAAGUUGCAGACUUCUGCUCCUACAUCUUCAGCCAUUCCAAAGCCAAGACUCUCUCAGGCGGCAUCAUAGUCAAUGGGCCUCGUCUGGAGAGCCUGGUGCUGACCUAUGUCAAUGCCAUCAGCAGUGGGGAUCUUCCCUGCAUGGAGAAUGCAGUCCUGGCCUUGGCCCAGAUAGAGAACUCGGCCGCAGUACAAAAGGCCGUGGCCCACUAUGAUCAGCAGAUGGGCCAGAGGGUGAAGCUGCCCACGGAAACCCUCCAGGAGCUUCUGGACCUGCACAGGGCCAACGAGAAAGAGGCCAUUGAAGUCUUCAUGAAAAAUUCUUUCAAGGAUGUGGAACAAAAGUUCCAGAAGGAAUUAGGGGCCCAGUUAGAAGCAAAGCGAGAUGACUUUUGUAAGCAGAACAUGCAAGCGUCAUCAGAUCGUUGCAUGGCAUUACUUCAGGAUAUUUUUGGUCCUCUAGAAGAAGAGGUGAAGCAAGGGGCAUUUUCUAAACCGGGAGGUUAUCAUCUCUUUAUUCAGAAGAAACAGGAGCUGAAGAAUAAGUACUACCAGGUGCCCAGGAAGGGGAUACAGGCAGAGGACAUGCUGAAGAAGUACUUGGAAUCCAAGGAAGACGUGGCUGAUGCGCUUCUCCGGACUGACCAGUCACUCUCAGAAAAGGAAAAGGAGAUUGAAGUGGAACGUAUAAAGGCUGAAUCUGCAGAAGCUGCAACGAAAAUGUUGGAGGAAAUGCAAAAGAAGAAUCAGCAGAUGAUGGAACAGAAAGAAAAGAGUUAUCAGGAACACGUGAAACAAUUGACUGAGAAGAUGGAAAGAGAUAGGGCCCAGCUGCUGGCAGAGCAGGAGAGGACUCUCGCUCUUAAACUUCAGGAACAGGAACGACUUCUCAAGGAAGGAUUCCAGAACGAGAGCAGGAAACUUCAGCAGGAGAUGCAGGCUAUCCGAAUGAGAAACAGAGCACCAGCUGGAGUAUGUAACAUACUCUAAAAAUCCGAGGAAUGUAAUUUCCUAACCAUCUCUCCUCCACAAGCAAUAAGCUGAAUGAGCAGCUUUAGAACAACAAACAAUUGCCAAAAACUAAACUUGAAAUCAUGAUGCUUCCAUUUUUGUUGAGCUAUAAAAUUUGCAAAGAUGAAAUAAAGGAUGAAGAUACUGUUU